AUGGCCGCCCCGGUCCUGGCCCCGAUCACACAGCAGGUCAGCGGCCGCACCGCCACAGUCCCGGUCCCGGGCGGCCCCGCCGCUGCUGCGCUGGUCCCGAGCGGCCCCGCGCGCGGGCAGCCACUGGCCGCCGCCGUGGCCGGGCUUCCGGUGCUGGACGCGGACGGGAGGCGGGUGCCGUUCGGCGCGCUGUUCCGGGAGCGCCGGGCCAUCGUAGUCUUCGUGCGGCAUUUCCUGUGUUACACCUGCAAGGAGUACGUGGAAGAUCUGGCCAAAAUCCCCAGGAGUUUCUUGCAAGAGGCAGAUGUCACCCUUAUAGUGAUUGGACAGUCAUCCUACCAUCAUAUUGAGCCUUUCUGCAAACUGACUGGGUAUUGUCAUGAAAUCUACGUUGAUCCUGAGAGAGAAAUUUAUAAAAGAUUGGGAAUGAAAAGAGGUGAAGAAGUUACCUCCUCAGGACCGAGCCCCCAUAUAAAGUCAAACAUCCUCUCAGGAAGCGUUUGGAGCCUGUGGCGGGCGGUGACCGGCCCUCUGUUUGAUUUCCAAGGAGAUCCAGUUCAGCAAGGCGGGACCCUCAUUGUAGGUCCAGGUCAUGACAUCCAUUUUAUACACCGUGACAGCAACAGAUUGGAUCACAAACCCAUCAACUCUGUUUUACAGCUUGUGGGAGUCCAGCAGGUGGACUUCACAGGCAGACCUUCAGUUAUCCAUGUGUGACAGACAGACUGUCACAUUCAAAUGGACCCUCAAGACAUGGCGCAAAAUGUUGGCAUGUGUAUCCUUGAGUAGUGUCUAGUUUGUCAGCCGUUGAGGAGUUCUGAAAACACAGAGACAUGUACCAGUUAAACUGCAAGCUGAGAGGCAUUGAUUGUCAAAAAUGUGAUGUAUAUUUAUAAUUUUAUGGCUUUUAAAGUUUUAAACAAAUUUUAUUUAUACAAAUAAAACUUUUUUGUGUUUUUUCUUUGUUACUCCUCUCUUGAGAAUGUUUUCUCCAUUCAUUUCCAGAGAGAGUAGUAUGGAAGGGAAGAGACACAGAGAGAGAAACAUUAAUUGAGAGAGACACAUUGAUUGGUUGCCUCCCGCAUGCACCCUGACCCUGGGCGGGGAUCGAGCCUGCAACCGAAGUAUGUGCCCUUGACCGGAAUUGAACCUGCAUCCCUUCAAUCUGUGGGCCAAUGCUCUAUAUCCAUGGAGCCAAAAUAGCUAGGGCCAAAUAAAAUUUUAAAAGCCAUAAAAUAGUAAAUACUAUUCUUUUUACUUAGUGGAUUGUCAUUCUUUAUUUUUUCUAGAAUCUUAAUAUGAAAUAUCCCAGAAAUUCUAAUAAAAAUUAUCUCCAAGUUAAAUACAGGAUGGAGCAAAAGUAGGGGUUUAUAGUUGCUCAUAUGGAAAAGAAUACAAUAAUUACAAAUAAUAAACUCUGUUUUGUAUACUCACAACUGUAAACCUACUUUUACCAUGCCCUAUAUUGGUAAUUAUUAGCAAGUAUAAUACUGCAUUGAAUUUACAAUUUUUUAUCUAGCAUAUGAAGUCAUACAAAAAUAUAUAUUUAAAGUAUCCAAAUAUUUGAAUAUUUUCAUGUACAUAUACUGCACAAUCAUGUUCUUAAUAAAAAUAAAAUUGCUCAUAAAAUUGAAAA